AUGUGUGUGUCCCUCUGUCUCUCUGUCUCUCUUUCUCUCUCUCUGCUUGUUUGUCUUUGUAUUUUUCUCUCUCUCUCUCUCUCUCUCUCUCUCUCUCUCUCUCUCUCUCUCUCUCUCUCUUUCUCUCUCUUUUUGGCUUUUGCUUUUCCCCGCAUCUGUCGUGUUGGUUUAACAUCAAGCAACAUGGAGGUGCUGGAUCCCGUUGAAGAUCCCGAGCACGAGGUCGCCGAGGCUUUGGCCGAAAUGGGCGAGACGCUCAAGUACUUUGCCACCAAAUCCGACUUCAGUUUGGCCACACCUGAGCGAACCAAGGUGGCGCGCGUGGUCCGUACUUUGUUGGAACGGGAUUACCAUGUUCGCGCCAUCGACAACCGCAACGGCCGGCUUUGCAGUCACUAUCCCUUCGAGCUAUACAUUCUGGAGGGCCACAAGGGCUCAGACGAGUUGAUUAACAACGCCGACGAACUGGACAUGGUUUUCUCGGGCGAGAGCCAAUACGCUCGUUGUCGGCGCCGCUUUGUUGUGCCCGUCAUUCUGAUUGACUCGAUGAACAUCUGUCGGAGUGCAACGCUCUCGCGUUCGGGCGAAAUCGUGUACCGCCAAUCAUGCACGGCCGUGUCCAAGGUCUACGGCGCGCUUUGGGAAGACGCAUCCACUGAAGCAGCCGCACACGCUCGUCAAAACAACGAGCUCAUUCCCGCCACUUCAGACUCGGUGUAUAUGGCCGCAGCUACGGCAACCGACAUGGCAACAGCGCAGGAGCGCAUGAGUGCGCUGGAACGCUGUCGCCGAGCUGAUGUUGAGCUCCUCCGUCACUUGCGCGUGCAAUUCAUCGCGGAUCUCAUGAUUGAAAAGAAGAAGGUCAAGUACGGCCUUCACGUUUCUUCGUCGGAAAAGGCCGACACCAGCGGCAUGUACGAUUCAUUUGACUUGGUGGCUCUGCCGUAUCCGGGCGUCGAGUGGUUCAACUCCAUGCGCGAGCAGCACUACAACCCUUUUAAGAUUGUGCGCAGCCUGCCCGUGCUCGUGCCCGUGUCGUUCCUUACCAUUCCUUGCAUGGCUUGCACUUUUUUCAACUGGUCUCACCCCGAGGUGUCCGUGGAUCUGACCAUCCCCAAGCAAGCACGCGCCUUGGUGGACACGGAUUGGUCCAACUAUAAAAAGUGGGAUUUGGUGACUCUAACCAAAAACUAUCUCAAGUUGAUGCUGGCCCACAUUCGCACCAACAAGGAGGAUGCGGAUCAAGGUCUUCUCGUGCAUUGCAUCUCUGGCUGGGACCGUACGCCCCUGUUCACGUCCUUGCUACGACUCUCACUCUGGGCGGAUGGCUUGAUCCAUCAGUCGCUCUCUGCCGAAGAAAUGCUAUAUCUAACCGUGGGCUACGACUGGCUGCUCUUUGGCCAUCUGCUUCCUUCGCGUUUGAAUAAGGGGGAAGAGAUUUUUCUUUUUUGUUUUGACGUUCUGCAGUACUUGGAUUCCGAUGAGUUUUCGCUCAACCCAGGGCGCCCCGAGGAGGUGACCGAGCCCGCCUCACCCGCUUUUAGUUCUGAUGCCGAACCUGUCAAAACGCCCACGUUGCGCGAGCCAUCGCCCUUUUCCGAACUCGAAGACAUUGAGUCAGCACACCCGCUGGAGGAAACCAAGCGGGAACGUUGUCACAGUGCCAAUCCCGGAGAACACGAGCCUUCCCAACCCAUUGCAGUGCCAGGCGUCCGAAGGAGCGCCUCUCUUAAUUCUGUUAACGAGUCUGUCGGGAGCUGGACCGUGCUCGGCAGCCGCAAUGCCUCUGUUCGCAGUGUGUGCGAACAUCCGGCAGCAUUGGACUUUGACUCGAGCAAGCCUUCUUCCCUGGAGGUGGGGUCGCCACGCCCACCCUUGCCCCUGAUCCUAAGCGCCACUCCACCUUCUGGCGCCGACUCGGACGAUCAGGAACCACCAACGGCCUGCUCUUGUGCAAGCGCCACUGGCGAACCGUGUCGGGCCGUGCAACACCAGGUCAUGACGGAGCGCCAACGCCGUCUCCAUGCGGUGCGCAGCAAGUUUAUCCCCCUGUAUCGUGCGGCUGUGCCGCGCACAGGUUCAGAGGGCUGGAUGGAAUGGAUGGGUCGUUGGUGGUCACAGAUGCGUGUUUGA